AUGGAGACGCUGCGGCCAGACUGGCCGUUGUUGCUUCUAACGACGGUGGUGCUGGUUGCGACGAUAGCCUUCACACUCUGCUUCCCGCUCGUCAUCGGCGAGGUUUUUGAUCUCGUCCGCGCCAACGGCGGGCUGGCAGGAGAGGGUGCGGCGGCGGCCAUCAACCCAUUUGCGGGCCUGGCUCCUGCCACAGCAGGCGCUCCUCCCACCUCCUUCACCGCCGUCAUGCUCAAGCUCAGUGCCUGCCUGGUGCUGUCAGCCACCGGCAACGCGAUGGUGUCAUGGUGCAGCUCGUUGCUGGGCGAGCGGUUUGGACACCGGCUGCGGGGGUGGCUCAUGGGCACGCUGAUGGCUCGGGACCAGGCCUUCUUUGAUGCUGCCAGCAAGGGGGACCUCCUGUCUCGCCUCACGCUGGACGUCACCGUGCUGCAAAACACGCUGGCAGACUUCAUCGGCCAGCGCGGCUUCCGGUCAAUGUUUGAGGUGGUGGGCGCGCUGGCCAUGAUUGCGCUGCAGCAGCCACUGCUGGCCUUUGUCACCCUGUUCAUCACGCCCGCCCUCUCCCGCCUGCUGCGUGCCGUCGUGGUGCGCAGCUCUGCCAUCAUCUACCAGCGGCAGCAGGUGGCGGCCAAGGCGCUGGAUUUUGCGUCGGAGCGGCUUUCGCAGGUGCAGACGGUGCAAGUGUUUGCGCAGGAGGAGCGUGAGACGGGCGCGUUCAGGGACCUGUCUGCCUGUGGCUACGACAUGGCGCAGCGCUACGCUUUCUUCCAGGGCAUUGUGGAAGGGGCCGGCCGGCUGGCUGUCAAUGUAGGCACGGUGGCGCUGCUGGGCUUAGGCGGCAUGCUCGUCAUCCAGAACCGGAUCAGCGUGGGGGCGCUGCUGGCAGUCAAUGUGUUCAAUCUGUUCAUUUCCGUGGGCCUCAGCUCCGUGGCUGCCAGCCUUGGGGAGCUGGGCAAGGCAGUAGGCGCUCUGGAACGCGUUGCAGAGCUGGUGGUUCCCACUGCAGCAGCAGCACCAGCAGCGGACAGCGCCAAUGCCGUCGCCAGCAGCAAUAGCAUCAGUAGUGAGACCAGGGCUGCGGCACCCAGUCACAGCAGCAGCGGCGACAGCGGCGAGCAGGCCUUGGUGGCGGGAAUCAGCGGGGUGGCAGCGCGUGCCUUGGAGAUGCCCACUCCCAACAGCACCAACGGCAGUGGCAGCAGCGGCCAAGGCGGCCAGGUGGAGUUCCGGGACGUUUGGUUCCGUUAUCCAGGGGCCGAGGACUGGGCCGUCAAGAAUUUCAGCUUAACGCUGCUGCCAGGGCAGACGGUGGCGCUGGUGGGGCCCAGCGGCGGCGGCAAGUCCACCAUUGCGGCGCUGCUGUUAGGCCUGUACCACCCACUGCAGGGCACUAUUCUGGUGAAUGGGCAGCCGCUUGACCCGGAGGACCAGGCUGGCGGCAGCGCGGCGGCGGUGGGCAUGGCUGCGGUGCUGCAGCAGGCGAUGCUCAUGUCGGGCUCCGUGCGUGAGCAGAUCAGCUACGGCAAGCCAGACGCUGCCAUUGAGGAGGUGCUAGAGGCGGCCAGCGCGGCACAUGCAGACAAGUUUGUGCGGCAGCUGCCCAAUGGCUACGAGACGGAAGUGGGGGAGCGCGGCCACGCCCUGUCUGGCGGACAGAAGCAGCGGCUCGCGAUUGCGAGGGCCCUGCUGUUGCACCCCACGAUCCUGGUACUCGACGAGGUCACCAGCUCGUUGGAUGUCACCAGCGAGCGGUACAUUAGCGACACUUUGCGCUCCUUGGCCGCCACCAAGCUCAUCAUUGCUCACAGGCUGAGCACUGUGCGUCGUGCAGACGUAAUUGCAGUGGUGGCAGGGGGCAUGGUUGUGGAGCAGGGCAGCCAUCAUGACCUGCUAAGGCUGGAAGGCGGCAUCUACCAACGCCUGGUCAACACAGCAGAUCUGGGUGCCUUCUGGGUGCAUUCCGGGGCGUCAGAUAGCAGCGGCAGUGACGAGGAGGGCGGCAAGCAGCAGCAGGAGCCGGACGCGGCAGCAGAGGCAGUGCCUGCCUGA